AUGUUGGGGGCCGCUCUCGCGGCGCUGUACCAGCUCGCGUGCGCCGCGUCUAUCGCGGACAUUCAAGGCAACGCAUUCGUCUCGCCUCUCAAAGGGCAGACGGUCGAGAACGUCACGGGUAUCGUGACCGUUAAAACAACCAGUGGCUUCUGGGUCCAAGGUGAGCCGUCCAAGGACAUCCGCGUCUCGAGCGGCCUCCUCGUCUACACCACCUCCAAGACGAUCCUCGCCUCCGUCACCCCUGGGGACAUGAUCUCCGUCUCCGGCACGGUGACGGAGUACCGCUCGUCCUCGAACCCAACCUACCUCUACGCCACGGAGCUCGGCUCGCCCAAGAACAUCACCGUCCUCGCCCAAAACAACACCGUCGCCGCGCUCGUCCUCGGGGGGCGCAAGGGGCGCGCACCGCCCACUCAGCUCAUGUCGGCGCUCGACGCAGGCCACGACGGCUGGCUUGCGGUGCCCAACAACCAGAGCCUCGUCUCCGUCGCGGACAACACGCUCCAGCCGAAGCGGUACGGGCUGGACUUCUGGGCGAGCUUGGACGGGCAGCUCGUCACGAUCAAGAGCCCGGUCGCGAACGGGUUCCAGAACAGCUAUGGCGAGUUCUGGGUCCACGGCGACUGGCCGCUCACGGGCGAGAACAGCAGGGGCGGGCUGUCGAUCACGUUUGGCCCGAAGGGCAUCCCUGACGCGAACCCGGAGUCGGUCAUCGUCGGAUCUCCUGCUGACGGCACCAAGCUGCCGAAGCCAGCUAUGGGGAUGCAAUUCGAAGACAUUACCGGUGUCAUUACCUACCAGUUCGGCUUCUGGUACAUAGUACCGUUGACCACCCCUGUGAUGACCGUGGCUCCGAGCUCAGUCAUCCCUCAGUCCAAGAUCGUGCCCAAGCACGACAAGUGCACCUUCACCUUCGGCGACUACAACGUACGCCCCCAGCGCUCCUCGCACAUGGGCGCGGUCGCCAACCACAUCGCCAACUUCCUCCACACGCCCGACAUGAUGUUCGUGCAGGAGAUCCAGGACAACUCGGGCAGCUCCGACGACGGCACCGUCAUUGCCAACGUCACGCUCACGAACCUCGUCGCCGCGAUCGCGAGCGCGGGGAACGCGACGGCGCCGUACGCCUUCGUCGAGAUCGCGCCCGAGAACGACAUGGACGGCGGCCAGCCGGGCGGGAACAUCCGCACCGCGUACCUCUACGACAGCGCGAAGUUCAGCCUCGUUCAGGGUUCCCCCGCGGGCGGCGCGCUCGACGCGACGGCGCCGGUGCUGGACGCGGACGGCAAGCUCUCCCUCACGUACAACCCGGGGCGCAUCGACCCGACGAACGCGGCCUGGGACGCGUCGCGCAAGCCGCUCGUCGCGGUCUGGGAGACCCCGUCCGGCGCGCGCGUGCUCACGAUCAACCUCCACCUCACCUCCAAGGGCGGCAGCUCGUCCUCGCAGGGCGACGCCCGCCCGCCGCUCAACGGCGGCGUCGAGCAGCGCGUGGCUCAAGUCCAGGUCGUCGCCGACUUCGUCAAAUCCGUGCUCGCGCUCGACCCGCGCGCGAACGUCGUCGUCGCCGGGGACUGCAACGAGUACGCGCAGACGCGCGCGGUGUUCGCGCCGCUCGCGGGGCUGCUCGUCGAGCUCGACGCCGCGGCGGGCGUGCCCCCCGCGGAGCGCUACACGUACGUGUACGACCAGAACGCGCAGCAGCUCGACCACGCCUUCGUCUCCCCCGCGCUCGCCGCCCGCGGGGGCCUGCGCGUCGAGCACGUGCACGUGAACUCGUGGGCCGCGACGGAGAGCGCGCGGGCGAGCGACCACGACCCGAGUGUGGGGCGGGUACGGAUUUGCUGA